UGGAAGAUUUGCCUCCAAAUAUGUUAAUAACAACAUGAUACCAAGAUGGAUGCACCAUAACCAACCCUGUGCUUUUUGAAAUCAUAAUCAUUAUUAUUAAUACCAGCCACCGCCAUGUUGAUGGUUUUUCAAUUGUGCAGUGUUUUUUAUUCUUAUUAUUAUGCCGCCGCCAUCAUUGCAGGAGGAUGUUACUAGCCUCCGCCGUGGUUGUCUGGGAAUGGCUGAACGAGCACGGCCGCUGGCGGCCCUACAGCCCGGCUGUGUGUCACCACAUCGAGGCGGUCAUCCGAAGCGACCCUCGGUGUGUUAGCGUGGUGGUCCUCGGCCAAGUGGACUCUCGCCUCUCGCCCUACAUUAUCGAUUUGCAGUCAAUGCACCAGUUCCGUCAAGACACAGGCACUCUCCGACCGGUACGACGUAGCUUCUAUGACCCCACAUCAGCACCCGGUCAGGGUUGGCUGUGGGAGUGGGAGAACGACGUGGGCAGCUGGACGGCGUACGACACGGAAGUGGGGAUCGCAAUCCAGGCGGCGCGCGACCGCCACCAACCCUGGCUGGACCUGGCGCCGUUAGGUUUCUGCUACCUCAUCGACUUCGGAAGCAUGACCCAAAUCAAUGGGCAGACGCAGCGCUGCAGGCGGAUCCAGCGCCGCUCUGAUUUGGCGUACCCGUUAGUAUCAGGGCCCCUGCCGAAAUCACACCACCCAUUGGGACCGACGUCUGUGCAUCAGAGCGCAGGACCAUUGGGGGCAGAUGUACUUGGAGGGGGCAUGGGGAUCAGAAUGGACAGCGGGGGAACCGGGAACGGGAGCGCCUACCCCAGUGGGGCGCUGCCUGCUUCAGCGAUCACCUCCCUGGGGCCGCCCUGUGCCUGCCAGCAGUGCAUGCUCCUCUUGAGUGUCAAAGCGGGUACUAUGUCAAGUGCUCAAACUCUAGGGCGGAGACCACCACCACAGACUAAACCGCCCAGUCCCAAACUCAGCAGCCAACUACCCUACUCUCUUACCCUCCCACGGUUACCAUCCCUGUCACGGUCCCCUCACAGAACGUCCAUAGUUGGGGCAACAGGUGGCCCCAGUGUGGUAGGUGGUAUGUCGAGUGGUAGUGGUCUCGGAAGUCUUGGCAUGGCCGGAGGUUUUACUCACUCUCUAUCCCUGUUGGGCUCAGCCACCGCUGCCCUGUCCCUUAACUCCUAUCGCCCCCCGCCCCCAUCUCUGCCCCCGCCGCCGCUUCCCCCCUUGCCUCCGCCGCCCUCCUCCACUGCUACUUCAGGCCAGCCUCUCAUCUCCACCUGUAUGCCCUCGCCUUCCACCCGCGUACUGGGGCAGCUAACUUCAUCAUCUGGUGCCGCCCCUGUGCCGCCCCGGUCCAGCCUAGCAGGUUUGAGUCGACCAGCGUUGCAGCGUAUCGCCGUGGCACAGUCCCGGGCCCUUAUUGCGUCUGGAGUGCCAACGGUUCCAGUGAAGAAUCUGAAUGGCUCCAGUCCUGUGCACCCUGCACUGGCAGGUAUUACCGGCAUUCUUAUGAGCGCCGCAGGACUUCCUGUCUGCUUGACCCGCCCCCCCAAGCUGGUGCUCCACCCACCACCUGUCAGCAAAAGCGACAUCAAACCCGUACCUGGUUUGGGCCACUGCUGUCGCAAAACAACUAAGAAGCAAGCCCGAAAAGGGAGGACCCCUGAGGAGGUGGUGAAGCGGUACCUUCAGAAAGUUCGUAACCCCCCAGAGGAGGACUGUACCAUUUGCAUGGAGGUCCUGGCCGGUCCGUCGGGCUACAAAGGCCCCGGGGUGGGCGGCAUCUCCCGGGCAGAGUCGGUGGGGCGCCUGGCUCAGUGCGGCCACCAGUACCACCUGCAAUGCCUGGUGGCCAUGUACAACAACGGCAACAAAGAUGGCAGCCUGCAGUGUCCCACCUGUAAGACCAUCUACGGCGUCAAGACCGGGAACCAGCCUCCCGGCAAGAUGGAGUACCACGUCAUCCCGCACUCUCUACCAGGACACCCCGACUGCAAAACCAUCCGAAUUAUUUACAACAUUCCACCUGGCAUUCAGGGCGUAGAGCACCCAAACCCGGGCAAACCUUUCACCGCUCGUGGGUUCCCCAGACACUGCUACCUCCCAGACAGCGACAAAGGCCGAAAGGUGCUGAGGCUGCUCCUGGUGGCGUGGGACCGUCGCCUCAUAUUCUCCGUGGGAACGUCCAGCACCACGGGCGAGUCGGACACUGUCAUCUGGAACGAGGUUCACCACAAGACGGAGUUCGGAUCCAACCUGACAGGACACGGAUACCCGGAUCCGGGACACCUGGACAAUGUCCUGGAGGAGCUGAAGGCUCAGGGCAUCACUGAGGACGAAUGUCUUCCCCGAGAAUGAACAAAAAUAUGACUGCAUGUGUCGGGAAUUCUUGUUUAGUUUCUCCCCCCACGCCCCCUUGCUAAAAAUCAUUCCAUGAUUCCUACUGUGAGGCUAGAAUGUAAACAUAACGGCUGCUGACAUGGAUAGCAUGGAUGUUUGCUGCCCUCUAGUGUUACUUACGGGAAACUACAUCUAUUUUUUAAAUUGUACUGUCGAGUCCUUAAUCUUCAAAUAUUAAGUAUGUAUUAAGUACAUCAAAUAUUAUGUGUUAAUAUUUUUAUUAUUUCUCGAUUAUUUGCAUAAAAUCAGUUACAUUGUUACAAAUUAAUCUAUCAUAAAAUGUAGCUUUUUUUGCUUUAUGAUUAUUGUUUUUGCCUCUGUUUGCCUUCAGUUCCAUAUGGACUGUUUUUGUACAGGCAUUUCUAUUGUACUGUAUGUAUGUGUUACAUAUGUACGCACAUUUGCAUUAAACAUUCGUUUUUUUAAUCAUA